AUGGUGGUUAGGGAGGAGGAGAAAGGAAGGGCCGUGGAGUUCCUAGGGACUAUGGAAGAGAAGUUGAGGCAAAAAUGCACACUCAAAUUCAAUAUGAUCCAAAGUAUUGGUAGAGCUCUUCAGGCUCACAAGCUUACAUCCCGAUGCAUCGGUCCUUAUCAGAUUCUAAAAGGGAUCAAUGAAAUAGCUUACCAGAUAGCCUUACCCCAUAAACUAGCCAAUCUUCAUAAUGUCUUCCAUGUGUCUCAACUUCAAAAAUAUGUCCAUGAUCCGUCCCAUGUCCUUAAGUCAGAUGAUAUUCAGUUGAAGGAGAAUCUUACUUAUGAGAUAGUCAUUUUGAGGAUUGAGGACAGGAAGGUUAAAUGGCUGAGAGGGAAGGAUGUUCCUUUGGUGAAGGUGGUUUGA